AUGGGUUCCGAAACCUCCUCCAUUACCCUUUUCCUGACUGUGAAUCUCCUCUUUUUUGCCCUAGUUUCUGGACAAUACUGUGAUCAUACUUGCACUCCUCCAGGUGUCCCAGCCGGACGAACCUUAACUUGCCCUAGAGAUACCUUGAACCUAGGAGUGUGUGCAAAUCUGCUCAAUGGGUUGCUUGGGAUUGUCCUUGGCACUCCACCCACUACUCCAUGUUGUAGUUUGAUUGCUGGCUUGGUUGACCUUGAGGCUGCGGUUUGCUUGUGCACUGCUAUUAGGGCCAACUUGUUGGGCAUUAAUCUCAACAUCCCACUUUCGCUCAGUUUACUUCUCAAUGCUUGUGGUAGAACUGCACCGUCUGGCUUUGUUUGUGCUUAA